CUCCAUCCUCUCUCUCUCUCUCUUCUUCUCCGCACGAGACCAAAAGUAAAGCAAAUUCUUUUGAUCCAAAAAAACCAAUUUAUGCUUCGCUUCGAAGAUAGAACAGUAGGGUUGAUUACAUAGUCAAUGAAUCUUGAAUCCAUUUGUUAAUGCUUCUUUGGGAUCUUGGUGUUGAUUAUGGAGCACCUUCCUGUUGAAGUUGUGGGAAACAUUCUUUCCCAUGUUGGAGCUGCAAGAGAUGUGGUGAUCGCUUCUAUGACAUGUCGUAAGUGGAGGGAAGCCUGCAGGAAACACUUGCAGUCUCUUUCUUUUAAUUCUGAUGAUUGGCAGGGUUAUCGCGAUCUCACAACCAGCCAAAUAGAGAUCCUCAUCACACAGACUAUUUUCCAGACUAUGGGCCUGCAGUGCCUUUCGAUUCACAUGGACGAUAAGCAUAAGUUCUCUGCAGCUCCUGUGAUUGCAUGGCUGAUGUACACAAGAGAAACAUUGAGGAAUUUGCAUUAUAAUGUCCGUACGACACCGAAUGUUUACAUUUUGGAGAAGUGUGGUCGGCAUAAGCUAGAGAUGUUGGAAUUGGACCAUAAUACCAUAUCUGGGGUUGAUCCAAGUUACCAGAGAUUCCCUUUCCUCAAGGUUCUUUCUCUGCGAAGUGUAAAUAUAUCCGCCCUUGAUUUGAGCCUGUUGUUUGCUGCCUGUCCAGGGAUAGAGGUGUUGACACUGGACCAUUUGGAGAUUGUCUGGUCAGAUGCACAACCUUCAAUGGAACUUUGCAGUUCAACUCUGAAGAGUAUCUAUAUUAAAUCAUUGGGCGUGGAUAAGAUUGUAUUGGAAGCAGAUAAUCUUGAAAGUCUGCACUUGCAUGCCUUAAAUCUUGAUCUUUUUGAGCUCAUUGGAAAGGGUUCUCUGAAACAUCUCAGGAUUGACGAUGUUAGUGUCACACAUUUGGAUAUUGGUGAUUGUACUGAGAAUUUGGAAGCUGUGGAUGUGAGCAAUUUCACAAUCAUGUGGCCUAAAUUCUACCAGAUGAUGUCAAGGGCUUCCAAACUGCGAAGGCUCCGGCUAUGGUCUGUGGUGUUUGACGACGAUGAUGAGAUUGUGGACCUUGAAACAACUGCUGUUUGCUUCCCUCACUUGAGACAUCUCUCAUUGGGUUAUGAUUUGAAGGAUGGUUUGCUCCACUAUGGCCUGCAAGGAUCAUCACCAUUUGAAAACGUCUUGGUUUUGGAACUUGGAUGGGCGGUCAUAAGCGAGCAGUUUGGUCAUUUGGUUGUCGGAAUGAUUGAAAGAUGCCCAAAUCUUAAGAAAUUGGUUAUUCAUGGCGUUCUGUCAGAUGUUAAAACUCGUGAAGAACGCCAACUGCUGGCUAAUUUCACAUCAUUCAUGGUUUGCCUCAUGAGGAAGUAUGUGCAUGUUGACCUGCAAUUUGAAUACGAGUGAAUUCCAUUUUUGUUUGCUGCGGAAGUUCAUGUGAUUUCUUGCCAUUCAGUAGCAUUAGCAGAUAUACAAGAUUGCAAAUAGGUUCCAGAAAUUUUGCUCAUUCUUACUUCAAGUCAAUGUAAAUUUUGUCUCAAUUCUUUUUCUGAUAUAAAGCGAGUUGUUCAUCAAUCUCUGUUUGUGUACACAAUCUCGUCAUUCCAUUUCAUCUGUGUCAGUAUGUGAUGUGAUUAUCAGUUAAAAACCCGAGUGAUUCAAGUAUUAUAUAACAAUACAAAGAUUUUUGUUUUUCA